AGUGCUAUCUGCGAUGGAGGAGAGCGCACCGUACAUACACACACACACAUUGUACACGCUUCCGGUGGCGAUGCUGGCCUGAUGUUCCGUUUAGUAUCGCGUUAUCCUUGACCGCGUUCGGGCAGAGGGAGUAAAAGCGUUCGUCUCGCGGCUCGUACGGGCCCGGCCAUCCCAUUCACAGUGCUGGUGGUGUCAUAUUGGAUAGUACGACGGGAAAAACCAUCAAACCGUAUCGCACCCAAUUUGCUGCGAGAUUGUGUGGGUGUGUGAGGGUGUGUGUGUGUGUUUCGUUCUCUCAUAACGAUCACGUGUGACGCACCGGGGGCUCGGUGUGUAUGUGAACAUGUUUGCUUCCCAAAAUCGUGCUCCGUAAUGCGCCUUGUUGAUAAGCAGCAGCGCGUCGCCGUGUGUGUCGUGUGGUGUGUAUAAGAAGAAAACAACCAACCAAAAAAAAAUGGUUAUGUUGCAAUAAAAUGUGACAGCUCACACUUUCGCUGAUGCCAUCAGAAACAAAACGUAGCAACCGUAGCGCAAUGUCAACAGUCAGUGGCAACGACGCGUGUCACCGGCCGCCCCAGUGGCCAGACAAAUCGACGACGCGCUGGGCAGCCCACCGCGGUGGUACUACAGCUGGUCAGGCUUAUCGUCCGUUUGCAACCACUGCCGCUGCCGCCGCCGCCCCGGCCGUGUUUUGUCGUGUCGAGGGGGCAGUUCGGGUGGCAAAACAAAGUGUCAAGAUCCGUUGUGUAAACACAGGCGCUUCCGUGCAGGGGUAGGCGCGUUUGUUUUGUGCGUGGUGUCAGUUAAGUAGAGUGUUUGCGGGCGAGUGACGGAAAAAUCAGCGUGCCCCCGUGGUGAUGUGGUGAUUUCAGCACACGGUUGGCGGUGUGAUUCUGCUGGCCAGCAAAGUGUGUCGCUUGUGGCCCCAAAGUCAUAGAAAUAACCAAACGUAAAGUGGUACCUUGGCAGAUACUUGCACAGCAGAUGCCAACGAGAGCGAAGUGAAAAGUCAAGAGUGGCGGUGAACAUCUUGAAGCAAGUUUGUUGCGUGCAGUGCAGUGAGUGGCAUGCGGAACCAAUGAAAAGCUCGGCGAAAAGUGUACGCGGGUGUGGAGUGCACUUUAAAAAUAUUUCAAACCCAUCGCAUCUAAUUACACUGGGUGCCACUUUUUCUCGAGUGUGCCAUAGAGUGCAGAGAGAGAGUCAUCCUUUUGUCACGUGCGAAACCCGUGUGCCGUGCAGUUCGGGACCCACCGAAACGUUCCACGACUGUGAAGUACAGUGGUGUAGCUUCUUUCGCUCGGCAGCCUUCACCACCACCAAUCUCAGGCCGUUCCCGGUGGGUCAGUAGUGCGGAUCAGUGCGAGGCUCGAAUUAGCAUAAUAAUUCAACUGCUUCGGUGGUGGCGGCAUUGGUAAAGCGAAACGGCAAUUCAUUCCGAAAAAGAGGUGUUUUUUUUUUUUGGCGUUUUAUGAAAUAUAUUGGCCCCACAUUACCGCAAAUGUUGGCUGGCUGAUCCGUUGGUGGAGAGUUUCGCACGGAAAUCGACUCCCUCGGCGCCUUCCACCGCGAAUAGUGCAGUGUGUGUGCGUGUGUGUGUGUAUGGAUAGGGCAGUGGUUUUGGUAAGUGGUCCCCGGAGGAGAGCGAUUUCUUGCCACUGAAUGCCGUGACCCGGUCCAACUGCAACGCACGGCCAGCCGGGUUCCGUAACCAUGAGGUAUUCCAUCGCUGCGCAGUGGAACUUUAUCGUCUGUGGAUUAAUUUUGGCAGCAUCCUGCAUUACCGGUUCCGGUACGAGUCGAAUUUUCGAUAUUGAAAACAUUCCCGUGGUCAAGUACGUAGCGGUCGCUGGCAAAAACAUUACCCUUGACUGUCCGGGCGUUAACGAGCGUUCGCUGGUGGAGACGCUGGUUUGGCGCACGUCCCAUACCAUCGCCGAGUACGUCAACGGUUUGCCGUUGGUCAGCAACCAGCGGCUCACACUGCUGGGUGAUAAUUUUAGCCUGAUUCUUAACCCUGCCAUCGCGUCCGAUACGGCCGAGUACAGCUGCCUGCUGAACGACCGGCACAGCCCGGAAGCCAUCGUUGAUUUGCUGGUACAAGAUGUGCCAGACCCGCCCGGACGUCCGCUGGUCGUAAGCUUCACGUCACGUUCCGUCGAUUUAUCCUGGGCCCACUCGCAGGACCCCCGAAAUGCACCGGUUACAAAUUUCAUCAUCGAAACACGCAUCGGUGAAAAUGGUGACUGGGAGCAGGAGCCACCGAUACACACGAAAAGCAGCCAGGCGGCCCACCAGGUGACAGGGCUGCAACCGUUCACCGUCUACAGCUUCCGGGUGAUUGCCGUCAACAAGCUCGGCCACAGCCCACCGUCCAAGGAGUCGUACUACUUUGUAACGCUGCGCGAAGCACCGACGGGAAAACCGGUAACAACAAUCGCACACAACACGUCCGCCACCUCUGUAUAUAUCUCCUGGAAGGCACCGCCGCCGGAAUCGAUUCUCGGCGAGUUUCUCGGCUAUCGGAUAACGUACCGGCCCCGGGACUACCACACGGACGACGUCAAGGAGAUCUACAUCCGCGAUAGUACCGUCGAGAACCACGAAAUUCAUAACCUCGAAACGUACACGCAGUAUCUGGUCUCGAUACAAGUGUUCAACCCGGAAGGAUUAGGACCGCCGACGACCGUUCUGGUUAUGACAGAUGAAGGAGAACCAAGCCCACCCCAGAACCUGACCGUGCUGGAGGUCACAUCCACGACGAUCAAGCUGACCUGGCGCGAACCGGAAAAGGCUAACGGGGCCAUCCACGGCUACCGGGUGUACUACAUCCAUCAAAACCAGACCGAUCUGCACAUGCCGAUACUGAAGCUGAACGAAAUGCAGAACUCGGUCUAUCACUACACGCUAUCGAAUUUAAAACCUUUCACCGAGUAUCGCAUUCUGGUGACGGCGUUUACGAAGAAGCACGACGGCAAACCGUCCGAGGUGACGCAGCGUACCGAUGUGAGCGGUCCCAGUGCACCGAAGGUGGUCAAUCUGACAUGCCACUCGCACAAUGCGCUCUACUAUGGUUGGCGCAUUCCGCAGACCUUCUACAAUACGAUCGAUCUGUACAUAAUUAGCUAUCGGAACAUUGCGUACCACGAGUUUCGCGAGAUACGCAUCACGGUCAAUGCUUCCAUCAUGGAGACUUCGCUGAUCAUUCCAAACCUUACGAGCAACGCGGUGUACGAGGUAAAGGUGCGAGCAGCAUCGACGAGCGUUAUCAAUCCGAAGCAAAUGAUACUCGGUUCAUAUUCCGAGCCACGUAAGAUUUCACUUCAACCCAACUGCGAGAAAGCUCCACUAAAGUCGCAAAGACAGGCGUACGACGAUUACGACUUGGCCGUGCUAGCCGGCAUCGUAUUCAGUUGCACCGUGUUGCUGCUCAUCGCGCUGGCGCUCAUUCUUUGGAAAAAGUGUUUCCACGCGGCCUACUACUAUCUGGACGACCCGCAGCCUUGUCAGGGCGCACAGGCAGGACUGAUCGAUUGGGAAGCACCGAGCGAGAUCGGUGGUGAAGUGCGCGGACCAGUAGCGGUGGCCGACUUUGCGAAACACGUUGCCCAACUGCACGCGGACGGUGACAUCGGUUUCAGCAAGGAGUACGAAGCUAUCCAGGGCGAAGCGCUCAACGAUGAGUACCCGUCGGAGAACUCGCAGCAUCCGGAGAACAAGGGCAAAAAUCGGUAUCUGAAUGUGAUUGCCUACGACCAUAGCCGGGUGCAUCUGCGACAAGUGCCGGGGCAGAAGAAACAUCUUGACUACAUCAACGCUAACUUUAUCGAUGGGUACCAGAAACCGCGCGCAUUCAUCGGCACCCAGGGCCCACUGCCCGGGACGUUCGAUUGCUUCUGGCGGAUGGUGUGGGAGCAGCGCGUCGCAGUCAUCGUGAUGAUCACGAACCUGGUCGAGCGGGGCCGUCGGAAAUGUGAUAUGUACUGGCCGAAGGAUGGUACCGAAACGUACGGUAUUAUACAGGUGCGCCUGGUGAAGGAGGACGUGAUGGCGACGUACACCGUGAGAACGCUGCACAUCAAGCAUCUGAAGAUGAAGAAGAAGAAACAGUCGCAGAUGGAGAAAACCGUCUACCAGUAUCACUACACGAACUGGCCCGACCACGGUACGCCCGACCAUCCGCUGCCGGUGAUCAACUUUGUGAAGAAAUCAACCACCGCCAACCUGCCGGACGGUGGCCCGAUAGUGGUGCACUGUUCGGCCGGGGUCGGCCGCACGGGAACGUUCAUCGUGCUGGAUGCAAUGCUGAAGCAGAUCGAGGCGAAGGGCUCGCUGAACGUGUUCGGCUUUCUGCGGUACAUUCGCGCCCAGCGCAACUAUCUGGUGCAGACGGAGGAGCAGUACAUUUUCAUCCAUGACGCGCUGGUUGAGGCGAUCACUAGCGGUGAGACAAACAUCAAGAUGGAUGCGAUCGGUGGGUUGGUGAACCAUCUGGACUACAUCGAUGCACAGUAUAAGCUUAUUGUGAGUUAUCAGCCCAAGGAGAUCAAUUUGACCUCCUCCCUGAAGCCGGUCAAUGCAAUCAAGAAUCGUAGCUCGCUGGUGCCGUUGGAAGGUAGCCGGGUGCAUCUCACGCCGAAACCGGGCGUGGAAGGAAGCGACUACAUCAACGCCACCUGGCUGCACGGUUUCCGCCGGCUGCGCGAUUUUAUCGUCACCCAGCAUCCAGUGAUCGAGACGUUCAAAGACUUUUGGCAGAUGGUAUGGGAUCACAAUGCUCAAACAGUAGUACUGCUCUCGUCGGUGGACAAUAUGUCUUUCUUGCAAUUUUGGCCUAACGAGUCGGAACCGAUCGAAAGCGACUACUAUCGCAUCCGGAUGGUGUCGGAAACGUCGGAGGAUAAUCACAUCGUGCGAAACUUUGUCAUACAAUCGAUACAGGACGAUUACGAGCUGAGCGUCAAGAUGCUGGAAAAUCCAGGCUGGCCCGACAUGAACAACACGCGCUCGAUAUUCGACUUCGCCGUGCGUGUCCACGAACGCUGCAGCGAAUACAGGAAUGGGCCGAUUGUGGUAGUGGACAGAUACGGUGGGUUCCAGGCGUGCCAGUUUUGCGCCAUCAGCUCGCUAGCGAUGCAGCUAGAGUACGACCAGACCGCCAACAUUUACACCUACGCCAAACUGUACCACAACAAGCGACCGGGCAUCUGGACGUCGUACGAUGACAUUCGGCAGAUUUAUCGGAUACUGUCGUACAUGCCGAAAGAUCUCGGGCUGCUCAAGUGCACCGAGCUGCGUACCGAGUUCGACGAUGCGGCCAUGAUGACGGCGACGCCCGACCUGUACAGCAAAAUCUGCAGCAAUGGCAGCAUUAACAAUCAGCUGACCGGUGGCACCCCGGACGGGGUGGGCAAUGGCACAACGACGACAACCACUACAACGACCACCUCGAUUAAUGCGCCGCCGGGCAUGACGAUUCCGGGCGUGGUAGCGGGCACACCAAACUCCGUCUGCCCACCCAUGAUAGGGAUGGGUGGAACGACGCCGCCGCCACCGCCCGCAACACUGCAGAACGGUGGUACCGUAAUCGUGAAGAUGAACGGUGACGACAACGACGAGCUGUCGGUCGUGGUAGCCACCGGCAAUCACCAUCUAAACCUGGACCACAAUCAGACGUAAAUUGAAACCCCUAACUAGUUUGCCGGCUGCAAAAGCUUCCUGCAGGCGUAUGCGGGCGAAAGUAUUUAUUUGCAUUUAAUAUGUCCUUAUUUUUGCAAGGAUUUUUUGAGGUUAUCGUUAGAGAGGAGCGAGGAGCAGAAGAGACCCCAAUGGCUGGAACGCUCCUAUCGCUUCCCGCUCUUUGGUGGCCGAUUUGUCAUAUUUUACCGGACAGCAUUCACUUUUAUACCGUUUAUAGAUACGUCGUGACCAAUUUAUACAGAUAUAAUUUAAGAUCAGUAUUUAGUAUAUGUAAUGUAACGAAUGCGCAUGCCGGGCCCGAUUGCUGCUUUUGUGCGACGGCGCCACCAACAGCCCCCGCUGUUGUGAGAUAUUACCAUUUAGUACUCGUUAAUCCUUAAAGGACCUUUACCGAACUAAUUCUGCUAUGCAACUGCAAAACACACCCAUACACACCUACACAAAUAUGCACUAAAUCUAGUCGUCAAAAGUUCGGUAUAAAAAUGCGCGCCACAAUUGAGCGCUUUGGCCGUAAAAAGAUAGUUGAUUUAACUGUGUGUGUGGCUACCAGUCCACCCUGUGGCAUCCUACAGACACUGCAAACUAUUGCCAGCAAGCAAAUAGUUCUUGUUCUGAGAAAACGAUACUGCUCAGCCAAUGGUAGUUGUGCAUUUUUAUUAUUUCCCUUUUUUCGCUUAUAUUGAGCAAGAUUUCUAUCGGAAGUGAAAAAAAAGAUAAUCAUAUUGAUUAUGAUUCCACAGUUUCUACUACUUCAUUUCGUGUAAUGGGAUUCGAACGAAUCUCAUGGAGCUGCCCAUUCGAUGGACGCGUGUAUGUCGAGCACGGCUAAAACCACAAGCCGCUCCCCUCUUCGUUCGAUCGCGCUUAUUUCCAACCCAUUGGUGCACGGACGUUAAGUUCAGCUGCUUAAGUGCCGUUGUUUACGAUAAGUUUAGUACCAUAAUACCUACAAUAGUUACGAUUUGUAUAUAGUCAUUAUAAUUACCCCAUAAUUACUGCUAAGCAAGCAUUCGCAUCGCCCGGGCCAUGUCGUACAGAGUGGACAGCUGUACUGGAAACACUCCCCACAAAGGACGAACAAUCCUUAAAAUGCGAAAAUAUCCGAUCCUAUUCCAAUUGGUUGUAUCUCAUACGUAACACCACUGGCUCUUCUAUGGAUGUGCGCACCAGUGUCGGGUCCGUUUGAUUUGAAAUUCAAAUAUUUUAUGUGAAACUAAGUCAGCCCAAACGGUCGUUAGGUCGCACAAUGCAACACUCUUUCUACAUCAGCAUGCCCCAAGGUACAGGCCAUAGCUCGCUCAUUUGGUCAAUUGACCAUACACAGUGAUGUGAGCAACAAACAGUAAAACAAAACGUUAUUAGAAAAGUAACGUUAAGAUAAAAACAAAUCAUACGAAUGAGAGAAAGAUAGAGAGAGAGGGAGAGAGACAGAGAGAGAAAACGAUGAGAUAUAAAGACUGGUUUUCUAAGCUUCUUGCCCCGUCUGUCAUCCUUUAGACCAAGCAAAAGUGUGGACACAAAUACGCAGCACAAAUCGUACACCUAGUGAAGCUAGUGAAUAAUAGAACACACCGAUAUCGAAACAACUUCUUCAGUAUCGAACAAAAAGUGCAAAGUAUAGUUAAUGGAAGCGCGCGUGCGUUGAAAAAUAACAAUGCAAAACCACACAGAAACCCCGGUUGGAUAUAGUUAAGAAACAGACAAAUGCACACAAAGACUUUAGAGAAAAGGAGGAUUUGAUUAAAACAUUUCUCAUCCCCGUCACCCACAAAUCAAAGCCCUGCUAGGUGCCGUGAUGAUGUGUGAAAGAUGCGUGCUGUGUGCCAAAAUACAUUCAAUCGUUGCAUAAUUCACGAAGCUUAGUCCCACACAAGGUGCACACACACACACAAGGGAAUCCACAAGACGGCCCGACGGCCGCCCACCAGCUGUCCGUUAUGAAAGAAGCUCCUACAUUUCCGGGCAAUUACAAAUUAAACAAAUGAUAAACAGCGGCAGCACAGUCAAAGGUCCAGGAUAAAGCAGGAAAUAACGUGGCGCGAAUUGGGUGCGGUUAUUAUAAAAUGUGAUUAAAACUAGAUUGUAGAAGACCGUAGAGAGCAGGCCCCCGCACACACCCUGUGUGUUGACAACAGAACUCAAAUCCCUGUCUAUUUUCUCUAAUAGAAUCUUACCUUUUCCCUCCCCAAGUGUGUAUCUCCUACGUGUGCGUGCGGCGGCGAGUUUCCCAUUUCCUAUUAGUGUACACAAGGGAGCUUAGCGCAUAGUUUAGCGAAAACCAACGAAAGCUACAUUAGUUAACGAGUAUCACACAAUUACUACAUACAAACACACACACACACAUACAUUCGGCUAGCAUUCAUAUUUGGAGUGUAGCGAAGAUUUGCCGCCUAAACGAAGGCGUGCAAAGGUUGAGGGAGAAGAAAAUUCCGCUGCAAACGUGUGCAAAGGGAUUGAUACUCAAGCAGCCGUUUUUUACAGUUCCUUAUCCUUAGAAGAAACGAAUGAAAUCGCUCAACUUCCCUCCAACCCCCCCAUCAGCUGUUGUGUCGUUGUGCUCUGAAGAAGGGGGAAAAGCAUUCCACAUGAUGUACCCCAUUCCCGAUUAUGCAGUGGAACACACAGUAUUAGGAAAACUUUUACCAUACCAUCAUCACCGUUCCCCACGUUCUUCCACGAUUAGUCAGUAUUCCGUAGCACACAAUACAACAACAGCACGCAUCGUCCCGGAAGAACAACAAAUCGAACCGAUUAUGAUAGGAGCGUACGCGACUACAAACCUAGUAGCAAAAAUAACAUCGCAUAAAAGCCAACGCGUUCACAAGUAAACCUAGUAGAAAUUUCAAUCGUGUAUAUCUCUUUUAGCUAAAGAAUUGCGAACGCGCACCACUCGUUGCAGAACAAACAAACAAACAAACAAACAAAAAAUUAGGAAAAUUUUGCAUACCCGCACAAAACAAACAACGUCGAUAGGAAGCAAGAAAGGAUCGUGUAAAUCACACCCCGCGUUGUGCUGAACGCAGUAGUAAGUAAAGUAAUAACUAAAAUCAAACAUUAAGAGAGGGCACUAGCUCGAUGGUGCCACGUAUUACUACUACUACUACAAACUACUACUACUAACUACUACUACAAGAACAAAAUGAAAAAAGAAACCAAAUUUAAAUUAGGCUUGAAAUAAAUUAUGGAAAAUUAAAACAAACUACUUUCCCCGGUGAACAACGGGAACUCCAACCCGGACAAGAGCAAGGGAAGCACACGUGCCCGCAAGCAUGGCAAUAUUGUUUGUUGUGCAGAGGGGUCCAUGAAAAAUGAAAGGGGAAAGGAACGAAUGCUUUGAACAAAAACGUUGAGCAAAACCAACAAGAAGAAUGAUAGAAGAAUGAAAAACGCCCAUUAAAGUAAGCGCCAACGAGCGAUCAGUAACGAUCUCCUACCAGACAAGAACAAUCGUAUUGCGGUGUGUGUGAUGUAUUUGUUGCCCCCGGCAUGAUGUGAACAUACAUAGUUUUUAAGGAUCCACUCCACUAAGGAAACUUCACACCGUAGCAGCAGCGUCCCGGAAUGUUGUAAACGCAUCUAAAAACGAACGGAUCAUUUGAUCGUGUUGAUAAGUAGCAAAACAAAACAAAACUGUACGCGUUCAGGCAGAACCGGCAGAAGAUCAAUGAUUAAUAGAAACGAAGUGGAUAAUAGAAAGUUAUUCGAUUAGACUAGCGAUUUAGAUGGACUGUUGUGGCCGACGCCAUACCUGAGAUGCACAAAAACAAACAAACUGAAAAUCAGCCGCCAGGGGUACGCACCGGAAAGCACGCGUGCACGCACGCACGCACGGGGCGCAGAGAUGCGCACGAAAACGGCGUGCGCGUGCGCCAUCCUUCGGGUGUUGAGCUGGGUGGAAAGGAAGCAUGGGAGCCUUCUCCCGCUGGGGCCGCAGUUAGAAAUCGAAAUAAAUACAUGUAAUAUUUUAUGUGAAAAUUAAAACCACAACUGAUAAUACAAAAA